ACCCUCAAAAUAUUGCAAAAAUAUUUUCUUCUAUGGAAUGUUUGUAUUUGUAGAAAAUGCUGUUAAAAUCCUUAAUUUUCUCUAAGUUUAUGUCUGUAGGCUGAUAGCGCUAGGAAUCGUCAAAAUAAGCUCAUCAUUCCCAACCUAAUGACAAAAAAAGGUUGUUUUGGAGUCAUUUUUUGUGGACAUUUCAUCCAGUUAUUUAAUCAAACAAAAAUUAUAAACUGUUAAAGCUUGGAUUUUAUAUUACAUCUUUAUUUAGUUGGUUCUUUAUUUUUCAUUUUGCCAAAGUUAUUGAGAGCCACUUGACUUCCGGCUUCAUCUCUACAUCUUCCUCCAGACAAAUUCACGCAGUCGGACAUAAACUCUUCUCUCUGGCUGUGCUCUCAAGUGUUUAUGACUCCUUCUGCAACUGGUUAGCCUGCUGUUGUGCAACUCUCCUUGCUAGCAGUGAGUGCAGGCUCCGCGUCCUUUCAGCGAGCAGAGGGGCUUCAGUGGUUCGUGGUUAGGGGGCGUCCUUCACAAAGGAAGCAGCUGCUCUGCUCCCAUUCGCUGAAACUGUAGGUGUGUCGACGGAGGGUGUGUCUGUGUGUGUGUGUGUUUUCUCGUCUUUCCCUGCCGCGCCGUCACUCAUGACGCCACUUCCGGCGGGGUGGGAGCACCAUGUCUCUGCUGCGCGUGGAUGUGUUGGGGGGUCUUUGACAGGAGAGGCGGCGGCGGCACAGCGGGGAGAAAACGUGGACGUGAUCGGCGUCAGGGACAGUGGCCCCCCUCCCCGCCCCCUUCACCUCCCUCGUCCUCUUCUUCUUCUACUUCUACUUCUUCUUCUUCUGCCUCCACUCAACGACCCCGCGUGAGCCUAGCAAGGUUUCCCAACCAAGGAGAUGAUGGCUGCGUUGGACCGCGCUGUCCGCUCUAAGUCUCAUGUGUGACGGCGCCACCAGCACGCUCCUCCAUCACAAUGGUCGACAUAGAGAGCCACUACCAGCCCCCGUCUCCGCUGGAGGACUCGGUGCUGGAUGGCCCCCUGUGUGGUGAUGACGAUUUCAUGGGCAACAUGGAGGCGCUUCGCGAGAUCCCCACAUCCCUUGACGAGGACGCCCUCAGCUCCCUCGACGUCCCGGAAUACCAGUCCUCCCAGAACGGGUCUGAAGGUUCCAGUAUCCUAGAUGCUUUGACGCCGGCGUCCAGCCCGUCCUCCGUUGUUUGCGGGAUGGCUCCCACCCAGGAGGAGCUCUUAUCUCCCUCCUCUUCGCUCAAUCUGGAGUGCCGCGUGUGUUCUGACCGGGCCUCGGGUUACCACUACGGCGUUCACGCCUGCGAGGGCUGCAAGGGUUUCUUUCGGCGGACCAUCCGUCUGAAGCUGGAGUACGACAGGUGUGAGCGCCGCUGCAAGAUCCAAAAAAAGAACCGCAACAAGUGCCAAUACUGCCGCUUCCAGAAGUGCCUGGGCGUGGGCAUGUCCCACAACGCCAUCCGGUUCGGCAGGAUGCCCCAGUCGGAGAAGCUGAAGCUCAAGGCGGAGAUGGUGACAGGGGAGAGGGAGGUGGUGAACCCCCAGCUGGCUGACCAGAAGACGCUGGCCAGGCAGAUAUACGAGGCCUACCUGAAGAACUUCAACAUGAACAAGGCCAAGGCUCGGACCAUACUCACCGGAAAGACCAGCAACCCUCCGUUCGUGAUCCACGACAUGGAGACGCUGCAGCUGGCGGAGCAAACGCUGGUGGCCAAGAUGGUCGGCUCGGCGGGGGCCCUCAAGGACAGAGAGGCCGAGGUUCGGAUUUUCCACUGCUGCCAGUGCACAUCGGUGGAAACUGUCACGGAGCUCACCGAGUUCGCGAAGUCCGUGCCGGGCUUCUCGAGCCUGGACCUGAAUGACCAGGUGACGCUCCUGAAGUACGGCGUGUACGAAGCGCUCUUUGCCAUGCUCGCCUCCAGCAUGAACAAAGACGGCCUCCUCGUGGCGUACGGCUCGGGCUUCAUCACCCGGGAGUUCCUCAAGAGCUUGCGGCGGCCGUUCAGCGACAUGAUGGAGCCCAAGUUCCAGUUCGCUAUGAAGUUCAACGCGCUGGAACUGGACGACAGCGACCUGGCGCUGUUUGUCGCGGCCAUCAUCUGCUGCGGAGACCGACCGGGCCUGGUGAACGUGUCGCACAUCGAGGUGAUGCAGGAGAGCAUCGUCCACGUCCUCCAGCUCCACCUGCUGGCCAACCACCCCGACGACACCUCCCUGUUCCCCAAACUGCUGCAGAAACUGGCCGACCUCCGGCAGCUGGUCACGGAGCACGCGCAGCUGGUGCAGGAGAUCAAAAAGACAGAGGACACGUCCCUGCACCCGCUUCUACAGGAGAUCUACAGAGACAUGUACUGAGGGACUGCAGCAACCAGCCGACGGAACAGAAACUAAACCGUUCAGAGAAGACACGUUAAGCUAGGGUUCAACCACUUUGAGCUGUGCCGUCUCCGACGCGGCAGAAUUUGCUUCUGGCUUCCGGUCAGCUUGAAGGAACUUAUCUCUGGCGGACGGUUCCUUUGGUUGGUCUGGCUUCUCACCACUCCAUUGCUUGGAACCUUCUGAGACAGAAAAAAAAGGAACUAGAUCAGAUGUGAAACACCGUCUGAUUAAAGCCACUUUGUAGAAAUCUGUGUAGCAUUUCUGACCAAACUCAGCUAUUAACCUACGGUGAGCCCUGAAAAGGAGGGAAGACGGGGAACUCGAUGAUUGCCACUCCAGUUGUGCGUUUCGAAAAGAGAUUUUUAUACUGAAGUUAAAGAGCCAUAUAAAGUCAGCAUCAGUUAAACCACCUCGACCUGGCAGCCAAACAGUCCUGCUGCUUCAAAGCCUACCAGCAUGUUCUUCUUCAUACAACCGGACACAUCCGAGGAGUCGGCAAACGUACGAACACGAUCGCAAGCUGAAUUGUGAUGACCGGGUUUUGACUUGAAAUUGCAUCUUGUUGCACAGCAUAAGCACAAACUUGUCUGUGAUUUGUUCACAAAUGUCUGAGCCGCGUUCCUAACAAAAACACACGCUCAGAUGUUUGACACUCCAUCUGCGCUUUGUGCUCAUGGUUUUUGGUCCGACUCCAACUUGAGCCGCGCUAGAAUCUCAACAGAAGCCUAAAUAUAGAAAUUAAUAUUUUCUUUUUGUUUGUGUCACAUUGCCUCAGCUAUAGCGCCUCCCUCCCCCCGUUUUCUUUGUUCUCACAAAGAAACCCACAGCUUUUUUUUUCUUAAUGUAGUCCUUAUACGUGUACCCAAUCAGUUUUUCAGCAGUUUGUAGCCUUUUUCAUAGUUUUGAAAACCUGCCAAUACCUUUUUUUUAUUGUCAUCAACUGUUCAUAGAUUUUUAUGUUCAUAGAAGAGAUGCCAGCGACCUUUCUGCAUAUUCCCCACGUAGUGUUAGAUCCUUACCUCAACUCUGAGAUUUCCUAAACCUUGUUUCUUUGGCUUAAUUUCAAACUGACACUGAAAAUAGUUCGCCGUUGCAUAACUUACCUUAGCUUAAAGAGUGUUAGCUUGUCCAGGUUGCGCUACAGUAUGAGUUUACUAUUUGGAAAAAGACCGGAGCCCAGUCAGAGGCGGUUUAGCCAAAAAUCAUCCAGUCCCAGUUGUAACCCAAUGCAUGUUUAUAACAAGGCAACUCGCGCAUUUUGCUGUCACCCAACCAUUUGUAUAAGAAGAACAUGCUAGCUUUGACACCAGAAGGAGGGGAAAUGUCUACUUGGAUUUUGUAACAUAAAAACACACAUGCAGAAGAAUAAUGCGAGAAGCAUAUGAUCAUCUGUUUAAUAUCCACCCUUGAAAAACAAUACUUUAAAUAACCAUCAGAUUAUUUAGUCUACCUUGAUUUAAAAUAAAGCUGAAUUUUUAAUGAGGAUUACGUGUCUUUUGACGCUGUAAUCUUACUAAACAGGACGAGCAAAGUUACCUCCAGCUCUACACGAUUCAAAUUUGUGUAAGUAGUUUUAAUCUCUAUGUAGCGUCUGUCAGAUAAAGCAGUUCCAACAAGAUUUUACAUCAAAGUUUUCUUGGACAAAAAGAUAUUUUCUAAACAUUUUAUUUCUUUAAAGUGAAUGUGGACUAACAGCUUUGACUAAGAGACCUCCAACAAUCGGAGCAGGUUCUCGUCAGUCAUAUAAGAAAUCUUCAAAUGCAUGGUGUAUGGAAAGCAAUUGUGCACAAAUGUUUAACUCAAAUUAUUCUACUAUUUUACGGCUCUUUUCAACAUAUGUGCAGCUCUACUAUUCUUAUCAUUAUUUUGGUGCUUUAAAAGUAACAUAAAGUGGAUUCAUCUUGUGAAACCUUUUUUCUGACUAUUGCAGCGUCGUUUUUUUGUUUUGUUUUUUUGUUUCAUCUUUUUUUCACGCCCUAAUGACAUCGCAUUGUGUUUGUACAUAGCUAGUUGCAUUACUAUUUACCCCUUCUAAAAGCUAAAUCUUGAAGUCACAUUAUAGUAAUGGACUCUGCACAUCCCUAAUUUUGCUAAAAACUUUUACGUUCAAAAAAAUGUGUACUGCUUGUUCGUGUUGCUUUAAUGUUUGUAUUUUCACUUGAAUUAGAUCAUAUUUUUAUACUAAAAACGUGUACGUACGACUAUAUCUGAUAAAGUUUUACUCAGAAAUGGCACAGUUUGAAAGUGUAAAUAGAAUCAAGGUGAAACGGGGCGAUCGGGAUAUCCACAAAUCUGAACCCUGCUGGGGACAUUCCUUUGGUUUAAGCCAUCAAAACUGUUGCUUCCAGCUGUUUUGUAAUUUCGCAACUGAACCGAAUCCUUUUUGAUCUGAACCGAAGAUGGCUUUGGACUGUUCCGGCUUAUCACGUUUUGUGAUUGAUUUAAAAACUUGACUCCGUCGUCUCCGGCUAUAGUUUAACGACGAGGAGAUGUCUUGUUAAUGUUUAGCUACGGGAUAGUGUUGAUCAUACGUUGAAAUAGCGUGUCUUUUGAUACUGUUUUCUCAGGUUGCACAUCAGAAUACAAAUAGAGAUAAUAUAUGCACAGAGAUUUUUAUCAAUAUCAAAUGUUCCUUGGCAGACUCAACCGCAAAAUAUUUUGUCUUUUAAUUUUUUUGUUUGUUUUGACAGAUUGAAUCUCUGUUUGCUAUCAGAGAGUCUAAAUGCACUCAUAAUUAGCCAUCACGUCGUAUGCUAUCAGAGUAUUGAUGAUGCAGUAAUGUAAAUUUAGAACAGGUUGCUUUCCAAGCUUGUUUCUGUCUGACUUUUCUCUCCAGACUUGCUGCUAUGUUGUACUAACUCAAACAUGAGCUCUGCCACGGAUAGAUUACCAACCUCCAAGCUGCCUCUAACGUUCUCACUUAGAGUCGAAACCAGAUAUUUGCAUAAACCUUCAAUUCUUUUUUUUUUUUUUUUUGCCUCAUUGUUUUGACAUUCCAUCAAACUAAUUUCACCAAACUAAACUUUUCUGUUUUAGGCCAGUUAAGAUUACUCAAAAUUAUUUCUGCUUGCUAAAUUCCAGAAUAAUUAUUCAAAUUCUGAAGUUUGCAUACAUUUUAGUUUUUGAUAGUCGCCUUUAAAACUGUAUGAAUUGUCAUAUUUACCCACAAACUUUCUAUAGGAGUGAGAUCAGUGCUUUACGAUGGCCACUGCAAUAAAAGUAAGAGAUUGUUUUAAUGAGGAUUCCAUAUUUACUUCAGCAUCUCCACGUAAUGUUUUUAUUUUCUCACUGUGUCGUCUUUCCUGGUAAGCGCACCAGUCCCUCUUGACGCAAAACAGUCACACAAGAUCACACUGCCAACGCUGUGCUUCACAGUUGAGAUGGUGUUCUCUUCCCACUUUUGCCUCCAAAUGUAGCAGUGAUCAUGAUGGUCAAACAUUUCAAUGUUUGUUUCAUCAGAUCAACAUGUCGCCAGCAGGUAUUUAUCCUCGAGUUCGUUUGCAAACUAUCAUCUGGCAUUUUAAAUAAUGGCCUCUUCGUCUCUGAGUGGCGCUUCAGCUAGCAUCUUUCACACCAAAACACGUUCGUCUCUGGGAAAUGCGUCUCCUACCUUGACGACAUCGGCUGGACAUUCCCAUGUUGUUUAUGCCUUCAUAAAAUUAUUGAAGCAGAUAGUACAUCUGGAGAUUUACCAGAUAUAUUUGCAAUCACAAUUUAUUUCCUUAUUUUUUUAUUAUUAUUUUUUUAAUCAUAGAAUAAUGUCACACAAGGAAGAAGUGUGUUUGAGGUGUUGUCUUAAAAUAUAUCCACAGUUAGGGCUUUACUUAAAUAUUGUGAAUUACCCAUCAGAAGCCUACAAAGUCAAAA